GCUGCCAGAUUGUUCGAACGACCCGUGUACACAAAUUGCUUGCUGAUAAAAACACAAUUUGUGUAAUUAAUUGCUUGUUAUUUUUAAAAUAAUCACUUAAUCCCGAUGAAAGAGAAAGAUAUGUGAUUGGCAAGCGCUUUGGUAAAAUAAAACACCCUAAAGAUGGCCGACGCUUACUGCCUGACGAACUUUAUUGAUUUUUCGCUGUCGCUGUCGCUGCCGCUGAAACACCACAAUCGCAUCAAGUACACAUGCUUCGACAUCUCCGACAGCUAUAUCAUUUUCGGGGCCUCAUCUGGAUCACUGUACCUGUUCAAUCGGAACGGCAAAUUCCUGCAUUUGAUACCCAACAAACAUGGAGCGAUCACCAGUCUCAGCAUUUCGGCGAAUAGCAAAUAUGUGGCUUUUGCGACGCAACGAUCGCUGAUCUGCGUGUACGCUGUGAAUUUGUCCGCUCAGGCGACACCGCAGGUGAUAUUCACGCAUCUGGACCAGUCGGUCCAGGUGAGCUGCAUCCACUGGACGCAGGACGAGAAGCAGUUCUACUAUGGCGACUCCCGCGGACAGGUCAGCCUAGUUCUGCUCUCAUCUUUCAUCGGCCACAGCCUGCUGCUCAACAUGACCGUGCAUCCGCUACUCUACCUGGACUCCCCCAUCGUCCAGAUCGACGACUUCGAGUCCCUGUUGCUGGUCUCGAACUGCACCAAGUGCAUUCUCUGCAACACGGAGUAUGAGGAAUACAAGCAGAUUGGAAACCGCCCGCGUGAUGGCGCCUUCGGAGCCUGCUUCUUCGUUUCGCCGCAGGAAUCUUUGCAGCCGUCUCGCAUUUACUGCGCCAGACCUGGUAGCCGCGUUUGGGAGGUGGACUUUGAGGGCGAGGUGAUACAGACACACCAAUUUAAGGCUGCCCUGGCCACAGCUCCUGCGAGAAUACAACGGCCUGGUAGCGGCACCGAUGAACUGGACGCCAAUGCCGAGCUGCUGGACUAUCAGCCGCAAAACCUGCAGUUCGCCAAAGUGCAAAGGCUAAACGAGGACUUCCUGCUGGCCUUUACAGAGCUGGGAUUGUAUGUCUUUGAUGUGCGGCGCUCAGCGGUGGUGCUGUGGAGCAAUCAGUUCGAGAGAAUCGCCGAUUGCCGCUCCUCGGGAUCGGAGAUUUUUGUUUUUACCCAGUCCGGUGCACUCUAUAGUGUCCAACUGCAGACACUGCAAUCGCACGCCGUUUCCCUUAUACAGCAAUCCAAAUUGCUGCCCUGCGCAAAUCUACUACGCCAACAUGUGCGAUAUUUUGCAGACAAGGCUCGCGAAGAUUACGAGCUGAAGCAACUGAAUCCCCUAAAGCAGCUGCUUAUCGAACGACAGGAGUACGAACUGCUGAAUGAUAUAUCCGUGAUUUUCGAUGCCAUAACCCAGUGCACGGGCAGUGCUUUGGAUACGCAAAGUUCGGGUGGCAGCUCGGCCACCACUGAACGCAGUUUGAGCGGAGGAAGUGCAGCGAAAGCGCCACCGAAAGGAGUAUAUGUUUUGGAGAAUGCCUUUUGCGACAACCUGAAGCAGCCGCUUAAGUCUGGACACUUCAAGGAUGCCCUGUUGACGGUAACUGGUAAAUUCGGAAAGAACAUCAUAAAGUACAAGUUCAAUAUUUUCGCCGAAGAGCAGCAGCAGUUGGUCAGAGAACUAAUCCCGGCCAGUGAGCGUUCAUUGCCCUUCAAGGACAUCAAGGCGCGCUACGAGUCGGGAGCGGAGGAUCAGGAGGAGGAGAUUGUGAGCCGUUGCAGAAGGCCGGCUCCACAGGCUCCGCACAUUAGUCCCGAAGAGAAGACCCUUUACAAUCUUUACCUGAUCGCCAAGAGCGCCAAGUUUAGCCGGACACAGUGCGUCGAUCGCUACCGAGCGGUGUUCGAUGAAUAUGCAGCGGGGGAGCUGGUCAAUCUGCUCGAGAAAUUGGCCCAAGUAAUGGUGGAGCACGGCGAUACACCGGAUCAAGCGAAACGCAACUGCUACGAGAUGUACUUCGAUUACCUGGAUCCGGAGCUAAUCUGGGAAGUGGACGAUGCCACGCGGGAUCACAUAGCUGCGGGCUUUGUGCUGCUAAAUGCGCCCGAAAGUGCGGAAGUUGUUAAGUGUGAGCAUUGCUCCUUUCCACUCCGUUUCGAUACAUCCUGUCAGUAUCAUGAACUAGGAGCGGUGCUCCUGCGAUAUUUCUGGUCCCGCGGCGAGCAACUCAAGUGCUUCGAUGUGGUGCAGUCUGUUCCGGCUCUACUAGAUGUCUUAGCUAAAUUCUACCUGGCCGAGCAGAAUCUCACCAAGGUGGUGGCCAUCGUCCUCAACUACGGACUGCCGGAGCUUCUUGCGGACGUGGGCAAACAACUGAGCGUCGGGGCUUGGGGCCGCUGCUUUGAGCAGUUCGUGGAACUCCAACGGGGACGACUUGUGUGCGCCAACUGUGAAUGCAUCUCUGGUGUGGAACAGGAGCAGCUGGGCCGUCACUUCUUCUACAACUGGAACUGCUUCCUCAACAUCGCACUGGAUCACAUGGCUGCCAGAGACACGCUGGCGUUGAUCUUCAAAUGGAGUUCGUACAUUCCAAACGACGCUAUCGAUCGGGAGUUCUACUCCCGCUGCCUCCUCAAGGGCUAAUCGAUGGGACAUUACUAAAUAUAUACGAUACUAUAUAGCCAUAUUUAUUGUUCCACUAUGUAAUCUCAAGCUAAGGCCAAUACCAAAAGCAUUUAUUCUAUAUAAACAUGUACACCCACAAUAUGUAUAUUAUAAAUACGAAAGUGCAUGAAUAUAUUCGAGAAGAUUUGACCUGUAA